AUCACCCUCCAUCCAACGGCCAACUCGAAGCAGCUGCCGCAAAUUACUCCCGAGGUGGAGGUGCCUCUGCUGACGACGCCCACGGUCACCGUCAAGUUCAGCAGCCCUCCCACCAUCCUGAGGCGCAGGAGCGUGCGCGGGCUCAGCCACUCCUCCCCCCCGCCUUCUCGUCGCCGCUGACGGACGAGAUGAGCGAACCGCAGGACACUCGCAAAAGCACGCCCCUCAAGAAGCUCCCCUUCUCCCCGUCGCAGUUCCUGAACUUGAAGGUGGAUUUGUGCCCGUCGCUCACCUCUACCCCUGUGUGCAGCCACAAGGUGGAGGUCACCACGCCACUGCAGAGGGACCACACGCCAAAGCCCUCCAAGGGUGGUGGCAAAGCCUGCCGCACUUCCAACAUCCGGCGCUCCAUCCUGGGACCGCCCCGCACCCCCACGCCGGUCAAGCAAGCGCUGGCAGCCAUGAGACCUCAGACACCUUCCCAGCUGGUGCUGCAGGAGCUGCUGGAGCUGCUGGGGAAGGAUGCGUCCUCGUUGCAGGACACCCCGGGGAGAUUCACCGGCCUCCGCUCGGCCAAAACCGGUAACCCCUGGAAGGUGAGCACCUUCACCACACGGCGAUUGCAGCGCCGCGGUGGCCAGGAGACGUUAACUCCCUCGCCAGGGAUGUAG